AUGGAGAAACAGCAUAAUCAAUUCCCCGAGAAGGGUCUCCUAACCAUAGAGUCGAUACCAUUUGAUAUUUUAAUCUCAAUAUUCUCGAGAUUGCCGGUGAAAUCAAUUGCAAGGUGGUCGUUGCUUUCGAAGAAAUGGGCUUACAUUCUCCGCCAUCGAGAUUUCACCGACUUGUACCUGAAAAUAUCGUCGCCUCGUCCCCGUCUCUUGCUCAACUUCCAAGUCAACGGUAAUUGGUUCUUCUUCUCCGUGCCUCAGGACCAGAACUCGUGUCUUUUAGCUGCCGAUCGUCACAUGAGUUUUCCCACCGAACAUGUUUCUUAUAGGAUUUCACCUUCUGUCUGCGGAUUGGUUGUAUGUGGUUUAGAUAGGAAUCAUCCGUGGAUCUAUAACCCUAGUACAGGACAAUGCAUAGCUUUACCCAAGACGACAUCACUAGGACCUACUAUGGAUUUCUCUUUUGGAUAUGAUCCGAUUGACAAGCUAUAUAUGGUAUUGCGCAAGUCCAAUGAUUUUCGAGUUUUUACGUUAGGAACAGGAGAAGUAUCAUGGAGAAAAAUUGAAUGUUCAAUACCCCAUUGGUCUGUAUCUCAUGGUGAGAAAUGCAUCAAUGGGGUUGUGUAUUAUUUUGCUCAGCGCCAUGGCACUAGAUUUCAAACACCUUACAUGCUAGUUUGCUUUGAUAUCCGGUUUGAAAAAUUCAAGUUUCUUGAUGUGGACAGUGACAUUUGGGGAUCAACUCUAGUAAAUUUCGAGGGUAAAUUGGGCAUAAUUAUUCUUGGUGAUAUUGUUUUUUUCAGUGGCCAAACUACAAAGCUUGUGAUGUGGGUUCUAGAUGAUGUCCAGAAUGAGAAAUGGUCGAAGCAUAUCUACCAGUUGCCGUCCUUGUGGACGAAUCUAGUUGGGGAUAACUCGCUAAAAGUUGUAGGGCUGACUGGUACAUGUGAAAUUGUGUUCUCCCCAUAUUAUAUAUAUCAGGAUCCUUUCUACGUUAUCUAUUACAAUGUGGUGAAGAACACUGUCAGAAGAGCUGAAAUCCAAUUAGGAGUUGUUCCUGACAACGGUCUGAUGGUGGGUACCUCUGUUGACCAUGUAGAAAAUGUGAAGCUUAUGGAAGUGCUCCGGAGUUCAUAG